AGUGACCCCUGGUCAGCCUGGAAUGCUUCCAAAUCUGGAAACUGGAACAGCACGGAUGGCUGGGGAGCCAAGCCAGAGGGGGCUGCAGCCCAGAAAAACACUUCCAAUAACUGGGACACUGCCUUUGGUCAUCCGCAGGCCUACCAGGGACCAGCAACUGGUGACGAUGAUGACUGGGACGAAGACUGGGACGACCCCAAGUCCUCGUCUCCCUACUUCAAGGACUCGGAGUCGGCUGAAGCAGGGGGUGCUCAGCGAGGCAGCAGCCGUGCGGGCUCCUCUUCCAUGAAGCUGCCGCUUAACAAAUUCCCUGGAUUUGCAAAACCUGGAAUGGAACAGUAUUUGUUGGCCAAGCAACUAGCAAAACCCAAAGAGAAAAUUCCUAUCAUUGUUGGAGAUUAUGGCCCAAUGUGGGUUUAUCCUACCUCUACGUUUGACUGUGUGGUAGCAGAUCCCAGGAAGGGCUCCAAAAUGUAUGGUCUGAAGAGCUACAUUGAAUAUCAGUUAACACCUACUAACACUAAUCGAUCUGUAAACCACAGGUAUAAGCACUUUGACUGGCUAUAUGAGCGUCUCCUGGUCAAGUUUGGGUCAGCCAUUCCAAUCCCUUCUCUUCCAGAUAAACAAGUCACAGGUCGCUUUGAAGAAGAAUUUAUCAAAAUGCGCAUGGAGAGACUGCAGGCGUGGAUGACCAGAAUGUGUCGUCAUCCAGUCAUCUCAGAAAGUGAGGUUUUCCAGCAAUUUCUAAAUUUCCGAGAUGAAAAGGAAUGGAAAACUGGGAAGAGGAAGGCUGAGAAGGAUGAGCUGGUGGGAGUUAUGAUAUUUUCCACCAUGGAACCAGAGGCACCUGACUUGGACUUACUAGAAAUAGAACAGAAGUGUGAUGCUGUGGGUAAAUUUACCAAAGCCAUGGAUGAUGGUGUGAAGGAGCUGCUGACCGUGGGCCAGGAGCACUGGAAGCGGUGCACAGGACCAUUACCCAAGGAAUAUCAGAAGAUAGGAAAGGCCUUGCAGAGUUUAGCAACAGUGUUUAGUUCUAGUGGUUAUCAAGGUGAAACAGAUCUCAAUGAUGCGAUAACAGAAGCAGGAAAGACUUACGAAGAAAUUGCCAGUCUCGUGGCAGAGCAGCCAAAGAAAGAUCUCCAUUUCCUGAUGGAGUGUAAUCAUGAAUACAAGGGUUUCCUUGGCUGCUUCCCCGAUAUCAUUGGCGCUCACAAGGGAGCUAUAGAAAAAGUGAAAGAAAGUGAUAAACUGGUUGCCACUAGCAAGAUCACCCCACAGGACAAGCAGAACAUGGUGAAACGCGUCGGCACCAUGUCCUACGCGUUGCAAGCUGAGAUGAAUCACUUCCACAGUAACCGGAUCUACGACUACAACAGCGUCAUCCGCCUGUACCUGGAUCAGCAAGUGCAGUUCUAUGAGACGAUUGCAGAGAAGCUGAGGCAGGCCCUCGGCCGCUUCCCGGUCAUGUAGGACAGAACGGAACAUGAAGAAAACUCCGAAGUGCUUCUUUCUGACUUGGGGCAAUACAAUUCGAUUUUUUUCCCCCUGUCAUCCAAAACAAAAAAAAAGGAAAGAAAGAAAACCAAAAAGAAGUAGAGUUGCAACAACUGCCUUUAUUAACCAGCCUAAAUGCAUCCGUUCUCUAGGGACGGGCUUCUUUUGUUCAUUGCCACACCCGUCAUUAACCAGUGGAAAUUGUCUCUAUUUUUGGCAAGUACUUAAGUUAUCAGAAUUUUGAAUGGAAAAUGAGAGGUUUCCCCCACUGAUAUUUUACAUAAAAUUAUAAUUUAUAAGUCACCCAUGAUCUUCCAAUUCUUACCCAAUGUCAGAUAAUUACUAAUUGCUUUCUUAAAAAUAUGAAAUAUGC